AUGUAUCACUCCGCAGGGUCAGAGAGUCUGUUAUCAAAACAAUAUUUCUGGGAAUUCGUAUCAUAAAACAGACGCCUGCUUUUGAAAAUGUCAUAUAUUUUUUGUGGUGCAUUUUAAAUUUGUUUCAGGAGCUUCGUUCCCAUUGACGACAGGCUGUCUGGUGUUUAAAUGUGCACUAUUUGUCAGAGGGUUGUUGACAGGCAGUGCUUAGGUCUCGCUCAAACAUGGCCACCAUGAUGGAGUGAAAGCAAUAACUUUAAAUUCUCAAUUUUAAGGGGAAAAACUCCCUUUUAUUGAUGUAAGAGGAACAUUUGAGGCUGAAAUCGACGGAAGUAAUAUUUUUCCAUCCAACUGAAUGCUAAUGAAAAGUUGCAAGGAGGUUUAUUACUGGUGCAAGUUGGCUGCGAGCUGUAAAGAAUUGCAUCCAUGUCGUAAGGGGUUUCUUCUUUUUCUUGGGUUUUCCCACCAUCAUUUUUGUUUCGAAACUGCGAGAGGAUAUGGAUACAUAUCAAUAUUUUUUUCGGUGAAAACUAACAGGAGAUACUUUUGGAAUACAGCAGAUCGGCUUUUUCACAUUUUUUGUUUGUCAGUCUCCUGUUGGAAAGGGUAAACAAGCUGGUUAAAGGGAACACACUGGGUUCCACAUUUUGACCCCAUUUCACUUUUUUUCAUGAACUCGGAUAGCAUUUUUUUUGGAAUAUGUGCUGUGGUUUUUUUUGGGCGCACAUACUGCAUCGGUAGUUUCCGUUUUAUUGCUACAGCUGGAGAGUGAAAAUCUCCCCUCCCCCCAGAAAUAUACAAAAUAAAAGUAUUUCAUUUCGCAGAUGACAGUAAAGGUGAUGAAGGCAAUAAUUCCACACUUCUAGGGUGAAAAGAAUGUCAUCAGAGGACAAGACUCUGGAGCCCUCUGACCAAGGAUCUUCACCUGCUCCAGCCAGCAGCACCACGGCCACCCCUGCAGGCAGCCCGGCCAUUGCAGACAAGAGACCCAGGGGCAGGCCUCGCAAAGAUGGAGUUGCUCCCGUACACAAAUCCAAGAAGAAAUCUCGCAGUCGAGGAAAGGUGUCUGUUGAUGAUGAAGACAGCAUGGAUGGUGUUGAGACUGCAGAAACAGAAAGUGCUGUGGAGACAGAAACGAAAGAGCAGCCAGUGGAGAACGAAGGCAUCCCAGCAGCAGAAGAAAAGCUGUCGUCCCCUGGUCUCCAUCGCUCUGUGUCUGAGGAGUCUGCAGGAGCUCUUGCCUCCGCUGCUUCACAAACCAAAAGCAGUGAACAGCUCUGUGCCUUCUGCAAUUGUGGAGAACGGAGCUUGCUGGGCCAAGGGGAGUUAAAGCAGUUCAGCCCCAGCCCCGGGUACACCAUGCCCAGGAGAAGCCAGUGCCGAACUAAAAGGGACAGCACUGGCAGCAACGACGGAGAGGGAAACAGCAGCCCAAAACUGAACUCAACCGCACGCCGGCAGAGAGGGCAGAAAAAAGACGCUUCUCCUUGCAGCGCCGCAGUGUCCGUGGUGGCGGUGAACACUCCGUGCCCCGGUGAUGAACCAGCCAGCAAGUUUUGGGAUGAGCUCAGUCAGGUCGGGCUUCCUGAGGACACUGACCUCCAGUCUCUAUCCGAUCCCUCUGGGUGUUGCUGGGCCCAUCAGUGCUGCGCGGCCUGGUCGGAGGGAGUGUGCCGGGAGCAGGAGCAAGUGCUGGUCAACGUGGACAAAGCCGUCGACUCAGGGAGCACAACGCACUGUGCAUACUGUAAGCGCCUUGGAGCAACCAUCAAAUGCUGUGAAGAGAAGUGCAGCCGCUUGUACCAUUAUCCCUGUGCAGCGGCAGCUGCCGCUUUCCAGGAUAUCAGGAGUCACACUCUCCUUUGCCCAGAACACAUCGAGCAGGCUACUGGUAGAUCAAAGGAUGAAGCGAACUGUGCAUUGUGUGACAGCCCAGGAGACCUCCUGGACCAGCUGUUUUGUACCAGUUGUGGGCAGCAUUACCAUGGGAUGUGCCUGGAUAUAGGAGUGACCCCUUUGAAGAGGGCAGGCUGGCAGUGCCCCGACUGCAAGGUCUGCCAAACCUGCAAGAACCCUGGGGAGGACAGCAAGAUGUUGGUAUGUGACACAUGUGACAAGGGAUAUCACACAUUUUGUCUACAACCUGUAAUGGACUCCAUACCUACAAAUAGCUGGAGAUGCAAAAAUUGCAGAGUAUGUGAGCAGUGUGGCACCAGAACAAGUUUUCAGUGGCACCACAAUUGUCUAUUGUGUGAUAACUGCUACCAGCAGAAGGACAUGGGCUUGUCCUGUCCACUUUGUGGAAAGGCGAUCCACCCAGAUUCCCAGAAGGACAUGCUUUGCUGUCAGAUGUGCAAAAGGUGGAUACAUCUAGACUGCGACAGACAAGCAGAGAACGAAACCAGCGUCUUGCUAAAAGACGGAUAUGUGUGCACAGUCUGCAAGCAAGUGGAACUGGAGGAACUGCAAGCAAGCCAAACAUGUGGGGUCCUGGAGACCGCUGAGCCAGCUGAAGAACUUGAACCAGCAUGCUUGGAAAGGGUACAGGAAGCAGUUGAAGAAGCAGGGAAUCUGGAACAUGCUGCUGAAGAGAAUCAGCUCAAGGAGGAGCAGAAACCUGUCGAGUCUGCUGCUGAACCUGCACAAGUAACAACAAUGGUCCCCAAGGUUUCUGUGCCCCCGUCUCCACCCUUCCUAGCCAAACAAGAAACACCGGAGGAGGUAGAAACAGCAGCAGCAGCAGCAGCACCCACAGAAUCCCAGCUGGAAAGAGAACUACAACCACAGAAUUCAGAAGUGCCGGCUGAGGUUGUUCCACCAGCACCUGAGGAAGCAGGCACUGAAAGUGGAGCUGCCGGGGUGGAACCCAUGGAAGUGUCGGCUGCAGAACCCACUCAAACACAAGAGCGUCUGGAGACUGCGGUGCAGGAGAGGAGACCUUUGGAAACUCCUGCCUUGGCACAAGAACACCUUGCGCUUGAACUGAGUGAAAACCACGAGGUUGCUCAGGUUUCUGACAGCAGUCUUCUUGUGGAAAUGGACACCAUCCCCGCCAGCGAACUGAGCUUCUCAGACCUGUAUUCACCUUCAGAGGAUCUGACUGCCCCGUCACAACAGUGCCCAGAAAGCUCUUUCUCUGUUUCAGUGGACACCAGCAAGCUGGCAGAACCCCCUGUUUCUGUAGGAAUUCCCCCAAAAGAUUUGCCCCAGGUUCAGGCAGCUCCAGCUUCCAGUGGAGGGGUACCCUCAACAACUUUCAUACCAGUCGCGCCAAAAAUUGGCAUGGGGAAGCCAGCCAUCACCAAAAGGACAUUUUCUCCAGGAAGACCUCGAGUGAGACAGGGAGCUUGGAGCACCCGUAACAUGUCCAGCUCUCCUUCGUGGUCCCCAGACCGUUCAGAAGGGUGGGACCCCUCAAUUACAAGUCAGCUGUCCAGCACCCCCAUUUGGACCGUCAAAGUGGAUGGACAACUACAUGACGAGGUAGCUCAUCACAUGCAAAACAGAAGGAGCAGCUACAUGACCAGAUAUCUUGUCACUUGCAGCGAAAAGCAGGGCCGCGGAUCUGGCUUUCCUGGGAGGAGGAGGCCUCGUGGGGCUGGUGUCUCUGGGCGGGGGGGUAGAGGCAGGUCCAAGCUGAAGAACGCAGUAGGGACAGUCAUCACCCCUGGGGCGAUGAUUGCUGACACAUCUUCAGUGAAAGAUGAGGAAGAGAACUCAAUGCACAACACAGUGGUUCUGUUCUCAAGCAGCGACAGAUUCACUAUGAAACAGGAUAUGUGUGUGGUGUGUGGAAGUUUUGGACGAGGUCCAGAGGGAAGGUUGCUUGCUUGUGCCCAAUGUGGCCAGUGUUACCAUCCCUACUGUGUCAGUGUUAAGAUCACCAAGGUGGUUCUCAGUAAAGGCUGGCGCUGCUUGGAGUGCACAGUGUGUGAAGCUUGUGGGAAAGCCACAGACCCAGGACGGCUGCUCUUGUGUGAUGAUUGUGACAUCAGCUACCACACCUACUGCCUGGACCCCCCUUUGCAGACUGUCCCCAAAGGAGGCUGGAAGUGCAAAUGGUGUGUUUCCUGUACACACUGUGGGGCCACGUCCCCAGGGCUGCGGUGUGAGUGGCAGAAUAAUUACACGCAGUGCGCUCCCUGCGGCAGCCUGGCUACCUGCCCAGUCUGCUCCCAGAACUACAAGGAGGAUGAGCUCAUUGUGCAGUGCCGGCAGUGUGACAGGUGGAUUCAUGCCUCCUGUCAGAACUUGAACUCAGAAGAGGAAUUGGAAAACGCAGCCGACAACAGCUUCGACUGUGCCAUGUGCAGGACACACAUGACACCGUCCCAUGGGUCAGUCCCAGAGGACCCUGAAUCACCAGUACUAGCGCACAUUGUUACGAAAAUAAAAGAACAAGACCCACCCAAGACAUACACCCAGGAUGGCGUCUGUUUGACAGAGCUGGGUUUGUCACGGCUGCAGAAUCUGACCGUGGCAGCACCGCGACGGAAACGACCCAAACCCAAACUGAAACUGAAGAUAAUCAACCAAAACAGCGUGGCUGUGUUACAGACGCCACCAGACCCACAGUCAGAGCUCUCCAGAGACGGAGACCUGGACGACAGCCGGGAAGGAGACCUUUUAGACUGUGAUGGAAAAUCCGACUCCAGCCCAGAGCGUGAGGCUGCAGAUGACGUCUCUAAGGGGGCAGAGGGGGCUGAUGGAAUCAAGAAGAGAAAGAGGAAACCGUACAGACCUGGUAUUGGUGGGUUUAUGGUACGCCAGAGGAGUCGGACAGGCCAGGGCAAGGCAAAGCGCUCCCUCUGUAGGAAGGAUUCCUCGGGUUCUGUGUCGGAAUAUCUCCUGGGCAAAGAGGAAAGCUGGAAUGAGCCUUUACCUGACACACCAGUGGAAGAGAUUGCCCCUGGCUCCGAAUGCUUGGAGAAAGCAAAGAAGCGCUACAGGAAGAAGAAGAAUAAACUUGAAGAAGUGUUUCCAGCAUAUUUACAGGAGGCUUUUUUUGGGAGAAACCUGCUGGACACAAGCAGACAGAGCAGGCUGAGCUUGGACGCCCUGUCUGAUGAGGACCCGGCUCGUGUUGACGGGAGGACCCCCAGUGUGAAUACAAACUUCCUGGAUCCAUCCUGCGAUCCGCUGCUGAGUUCCACCAGCUCACCAAUUACAGCCAAACCAGCAGCCCUGUCUAACCCUGAGGAUCCAUUGGCUGCCCUCUCUGAAGUCCUCAACACAGAUGAUGAUAUACUGGGGAUCCUUUCUGAUGAGCUAGUGAAGCCUGGGGAGGAUUCAGGUCUUGAUUUAUACACUUACCAGGUUGACAACUUGCCCUCUCCUUUUGCUGGUCUGGAUAUAGGUCCCGUAUCAGAUGAUUCAUCUUUGGCCCCACUGGCAAGUACCGGUCGCAGCGCACGGCCACUGCCCGAGGAGCCGCUGGGCGGGGUCCUCAGUCCAGAGCUGGACACGAUGGUCACGGAUGGUGCGAUUCUAAGCAAACUGUACAAAAUUCCAGAGCUUGAAGGGAAGGAUGUGGAGGAGCUGUUCACCGCAGUCCUGAGCCCGAGUGCUAACCAGACUCCCCAGCACACGCACAUACCGCUGCAAAACCAGGGAGAUGGCCUGUUCCCAAGAAUGCCUUUAAUGAACGGCCUUAUGGGGCCAACCCCCCAUUUUCCAUCUCCACGAGUUCCUCCAGGACCAGGGCCCUGCACACCCAGCACCUUCUCUCCCAUCCAUCGGGCUCCUUUCACAGACUCCUGCAGGGACAAAAAGCCUCAGUUUAAUGAGCUGGUGAACGAAGCAGCUGGCUCCUGGGCUGCCCCAGCUCCUGUGCUGGAGCCGGAGGCAGACACCAUGUCCAACGCCCAGAGGAGCACUCUCAAGUGGGAGAAGGAGGAGACCCUGGGUGAGAUGGCAACAGUGGCCCCUGUGCUGUACACCAACAUGAACUUCCCCAGCCUCAAGGAGGAUUUUCCUGAGUGGUCCACAAGGGUUAAGCAAAUUGCAAAACUAUGGAGAAAAGCCAGUUCCCAAGAAAGAGCACCGUAUGUGCAAAAAGCCAGAGAUAAUCGGGCUGCCCUGCGCAUAAAUAAGGUCCAAAUGUCCAAUGAUACCAUUAAAAGACAGCAGCACCAUCAAGAAAUUAUUGAUCCCAACAUCCCUAUAGAGUCAGAUCUUCUGUUUAAAGAUCCGCUGAAGCCUAAGGAAUCGGAACAUGAGCAGGAAUGGAAAUUCAGACAGCAGCUGAGGCAAAAAAAUAAGCAGCAAGCCAAGAUAGAAGCAACGCAGAAACUGGAGCAAGUUAAAAGUGAGCAGCAACAGCAACUGCAGCAGCAGCAGUCCAGCGGUCAGUCGGGCAGCGAUUCUCCCAACAGCGGGAAUCAGAGUCCUCUGACUCCCCAACCAAGCAAUGGAAACACGUCCCCAGCACAAGAGACGAUGCCCAAAGAUGGAUUUGCGAUACCGCAGCCACCUGGCACUCCUACAGCAUCAUCCUCUAAUGAUGUCUUUCUUAGACCCCAAGCCCCACCUCCUACACCUACACGGAUGCCAGUGCAAGACCCCUUUUCCCAGGCUCAGCCUGCACAACCACAGUCCCCACAGAUGUUUUCUCCUGGGGCCUCGAACUCAAGGCCAUCAUCCCCAUGGGAUCCAUACGCCAAAAUGGUUGGAACACCUAGGCCACCUGCAGUGGGGUCACAUCCCCCCCGGAGGAAGUCCAUCGACCCCUGCACUCCUCCACCAGCCGGAACCAGACUGGGAGCUGAGCAGCAGGAAAGGAACAGGCCUUCUCCUGGUCACGAGUCUUUUGGAUCUCCAUCUUCUAUCAAUAACGAUCCCUACGCAAAGCCUCCAGACACCCCCAGGCCAGUCCUAUCUGCAGAUCUCUUUGCUAAGCCCAUGGGGCCACCAAGGACAGUUGGUAGUGCAGAGCAAUCUGGGAAACUUCCACUUGGAUCCACAGCCAGUGGUGAUACAUUUGCUAGGCCAGGUCUUCCAGCUGAAGUUUACCAAAGGAUGCAGAUGUCCCAUAGCAGGAUGAUCCUGUCAGAUCCAUACACAAGGCCGCUGCUGACUCCCAUUCCCGGAAGUAACGAGUCUGGUUCAGUCUCCUUGUUUAAAGCCCCAAUGCCUCCCUCACAGUCACUGCAAGACCCCUACCCUGCUAUGUCUUCAGCUCUCCGGCGCAUGUCAGUGGAUCCAUACCAACGUCCUGUGCUCACGCCAAGGCCAGCAGAUGGAUUUUCCCAAAACCAGAUGAACGACCCUUUUGCCAAACCUCCGCUAACUCCUCGUCUCGCGAUGAACGACAACUUUUCGCACCCUCCCAGGAUGAGCCGUCAGUCCCAGAGGGACCCCUUUUCACAGCCUGGACCCAUAGCAAGACCACCAUCUCAGGAUCUAUAUGCUCAGGCACCUUUAACUCCUGGGCCUGCUCCUCUGCAGUCUGCAGAUCCCUAUUCUCAAUCCCAUUCUACCCCCAGACCUGGGAUGGGAGAGAGGUUUGCACAGUCUCCAGUCCAUCAGAGUUAUUCUGAUCCGUAUGCACAGCCACCAGGCACCCCAAGACCAGUAAUGAACAAUCCCUAUUCCCAGUCACCGGGAGCCCCGAGACUUGUAAUGAACGACCCCUAUUCCCAGCCAACGGGAACCUCGAGACCAGUAACGAACGACCCCUAUUCCCAGCCACCGGGAACCCCGAGAUCUGUAAUGAACGACCCCUAUUCCCAGCCACCGGGUACCCCGAGACCAAUAACGAACGACCCCUAUUCCCAGCCACAGGGUACCCCGAGACCAGUAACGAACGACUCCUAUUCCCAGCCACCGGGAACCCCGAGAUCUGUAAUGAACGACCCCUAUUCCCAGCCACCGGGAACCCCGAGACCAGUAACGAAUGACCCCUAUUCCCAGCCACCGGGUACCCCGAGACCAGUAACGAACGACUCCUAUUCCCAGCCACCGGGAACCCCGAGACCAGUAACGAACGACCCCUAUUCCCAGCCACCGGGAACCCCGAGACCAGUAACGAACGACCCCUAUUCCCAGCCACCGGGAACCCCGAGACCAGUAACGAACGACCCCUAUUCCCAGCCACCGGGAACCCCGAGACCAGCAAUGAACGACCCCUACUCUCAGCCACCGGGAACCCCGAGACCAGUAAUGAAUGAACCCUUUUCCCAGCCACUGGGAGCCCCGAGACCAGUAACGAACGAACCCUUUUCCCGGCCCCCGGGAGCGCUGAGACCAGUAACGAAUGACCCCUAUUCCCAGCCACCGGGAACCCCAAGACCAGUAAUGAACGACCCCUAUUCCCAGCCACCGGGAACCCCGAGACCAGUAAUGAACGACCCCUAUUCCCAGUCACCGGGAACCCUGAGACCAGUAAUGAACGACCCCUAUUCCCAGUCACCGGGAACCCUGAGACCAGUAAUGAACGACUCCUUUUCCUGUCCACCAGGCACACCAAGGCCCGGGACCUCGGAAACCAUUAACAGACCAGUGGUCACAAGGCCUGGGUUGAUGCCAAAUCAAGGUCCUUUCUCGCCGGCACCCCAGAACAGAGCUGCAGGCACGCAGGAGACAUUUGUGUGCCCGUCAGACCCGUGCUCUCAAACUUCAAAACUGUCUGGAAUGACCGAAGAACCCUUCACUCAGCCUGAUCAACUGAAUCAAACAUCUAUUCACGAUCUGUGUGAGCAGCCUCCAAUGACCCCUCAGUCACAGUCUGGUGGUGUAUUUGAUGAUGGACGUCUGGUUCGCGACAUUACAGAGCAGCACGGAACAGGAAAGGAGGGGAACUUUGGAGUUUCUUCAACCCUAAAUAUGGCAGGUUCAGUGGCAGCAGGAGUGACCAGUGAAGCACAGAACAAUAUGCAUGUAUCACAAGGAGACACCGAAGAGAAGCUGAGACAGCGGCUCAGGUUACGGGAAAUAAUUCUGAGACAGCAGCAGCAAAAGAUUGCUGUCCGUCAAGAGAAAGGCCUGCAGGACCCUGCACUGUCUGCAGCACCAGGAACUCCUCGACACUGGUCACAGGAAGACCCAAAUCGUCCCAACGAGCUGUUCAACAGACCCCCUCCUCCUUACCCCGGGACAAUAAGGGGGCCGCUGAUUCCACCAGGAGCCCAGAGGUUUCCAGGACCUUUCCCCAGUGAUCCCCGAGGAUCCUUUCCCAGAGAUAGACUGUUUAAUAGACCCCCGUUUACAGGAGAUGUUACUGGAAUGGGCAUGAGACCAAGGUUUGGAUACCCACACAGUGGACAGGGUCCUAUUCCUAGUCAAGAACGAUUUCUCAGCCCCUCAAAUCAAAUGCAAGGCUCAAUGCCAGGCUUUCCACAGCAGCUGAGGAGAUCUUUAUCUGUGGACCUCCCACGACCUAUGGGCAAUCCAAUUGGACUCCACCAGCAUUUUCCUCCUAGGGGCAUGCAGAUGCAACAACACAAUAUCAUGGGGCAGCCCUUCAUAGAACUACGGCACAGGGCUCCUGAAAGCAGGCUGAGGCUUCAAUUUGGACCUUCUCUCAUGGCACAAGAAAAUGUUAUGGAUCCAUCUUCCCAGAGAACUGGAGGGUUUAUGACUGGACAGGAGAUGGGGUUUCCUGGAAAUCAGGGCUCAAGACUAAUGGAACCAACGAUGAAUCAGCGUCCAGGAAUGGUCAGCCAUGCGCAGAUGUCUACCAGCUUUGAACAUAUUCCCCAGAACCAGAUGCAAGCACAUACUGGUCAUCCACACGCCCCGUUAAUGCGUUCUUUGAGUCAUCCGGUAACCAGCGAGACAUUCGGUGUUGCUCCUUUAGAUUAUUUUCCUUCAACAUCUGCAGAAUCCACUGAGGAGCUUCCACUUGCUAGCCAAGAUGUAAUUGCAGAGAAACUUGACCCUGAUGACUCUGCCGUCAAAGAUCUGGAUGAUGUGGAGGUUAAAGACUUGGACGACGAAGAUCUUGAAAACCUCAAUCUAGACCCAGAGGAUGGAAAAGGAGAUGAUUUGGAUCUGGAAACCAAUGACCUUCAUCUUGAUGACUUCUUACGGUCAGGAAAGUUUGAUAUUAUUGCAUAUACAGAUCCUGAACUUGAUUUGGGAGACAAGAAGGAUAUGUUUAAUGAAGAACUUGAUCUUAGUGAUCCAAUAGAGGACCACCCAGAGGCUGUAGAGGAACAGAAAACCAAGAGUAAAGAUGUAAAUACAAAUUCUGCUGAUGUGUCCCCAAAGAAGGAAGCUACUUCAGGAAUGAAAUUAAAAUUGGAGAAAACACCAGAAAGAUUGCAAGAUGUAAAACAGGAGAGCAGCACUUCUAAUGAGAACACUGAUCCUCCUUCUUCAGAGCAUACCAUAAAAACUGAAGCGCAUGCACAUGCCCAUCCACCCACUGACAAAGAUCAGUCUGAAGAGAGGAAUACUAGAAGCCAAGAAAAUACUGGAGGCAGCCCCAGCCUGUCAGAGGCAUCUGCCCCGUCAAGUACUGGCACCCUGGCUGGUUCGACUCCGGUGCUCCCCAGCAUGCUAACUAAAGAUAAAGUUGAUAACACUGAGCUUGGGCCUUUAGGUUCUCCAACACAAAGCAUGUCUCCUGCCCAUCAGAAACAUAUGACAGGCAUGCCCCAAAAUCCCAAUGGCUUGAUGACACUGGGGCAAAUGGAAGAACGUGCUGCAAACCCCAAUGUAUCGAUGGAUGAAAUAAUGGACCACACCUUCUCCCAGGGAGCACCGCCACCAGUCAAUCCAAACUUCAUUCAGGGACACAAUUUUAGUGCUGAGCAGCAGAUAGACCCACAUAUCCCCAUGGUGAAUCAGUCAGAACCCAAUGGCAUGUCGGCCACAGAACAGGCAUUGAUUUCUCAGGCUUUGAGUCAGCAGAACAGAGAGAGGCCAUUGCUCCUUGAUGAGCAGCCUCUUCUUUUGCAAGACCUGCUAGAUCAGGAGAGACAGGAACAGCAGCAACAGAGACAAAUGCAAGCCAUGAUACGCCAGCGAUCCAGCGAUUCAUUCUUCCCCAACAUUGACUUUGAUGCCAUUACAGAUCCAAUAAUGAAAGCAAAGAUGGUAGCUCUGAAAGGAAUCAACAAAGUCAUGGUUCAGAACAGUAUGGGGAUGCCUUCAAUGGUCAUGAACAGGUUUCAGUUUGUGGGUCAACAAAUGCCUGAACCAGAAGUGGGUGAAGGGGUGUCAGUUCCUCAGCAAGCCAUUGGACCGGAUGGCAAGUUAGCACCACAGAUGGCAAGGCCUAACCCUCCCAGUUUUGAUCCUGGGUUUGUCAAUGAUGCCCAGAAGAAGCAGUAUGAGGAGUGGCUCCAAGACACACAGCAGCUUCUCCAGAUGCAGCAGAAGUUUCUGGAAGAACAAAUCGGAGUGCACAGGAAGUCAAAAAAGGCACUCUCAGCCAAGCAGCGCACUGCCAAAAAAGCAGGACGAGAAUUCCCUGAAGACGAUGCAGAGCAACUCAAGCAUGUUACUGAGCAGCAGAGCGUGGUCCAGAAACAGCUCGAGCAGAUCCGGAAGCAGCAGAAAGAGCAUGCUGAACUGAUUGAAGAGUAUCGGAUUAAACAGCAGCAGCAAGGCACAGGGGCGCCUGCACUUAUCCAAGGGGUGCAGUCCCAAGCUCCAAUGGUACCCGGAGGUCCUCCACCAGUCAUGACCCAGCAGAACUUCCCCAUAUUGGCUCAGCAGAUGGAGCAACAUCUCGGUCCUGUUCCAGGGCAUCCCAUCCCCCCUCUUAUGCCCGGUGUGCCAGGUUGGCACCCUGGGGCUCCCGUCCCAAUGGCCGGGCUGAGGAUGCAGUCUCAAUUGCCCUCCCAUGUACCUGUUAAUCCUGCACAGGCUCUUCUGCCACGGGAGAAUACACCCCAGGCAGUAGCAGCAGCAGAGACAUCCACUGCAGGGAAUGGAGCCCAUGUGAAAUUUGAUGACAAUAACCCCUUCAGCGAGGGUUUCCAAGAGAGGGAGCGGAAAGAGCGUUUGAGAGAGCAGCAGGAGAGGCAGAGGAUCCAGCUCAUGCAGGAGGUGGAGAGGCAGAGGGCUCUACAGCAGAGACUGGAGCUGGAGCAGCAGCAGCAGCAGCAGCAGCAACAGCAAGGCAUUGUGGGCCCAGAGAUGAGCAGAGCCUCCCUUUCCCAAAUGCCAUACUUCAACUCGGAACUGCCUCAUGACUUCAUGCAGAGGCUGCAACAGCAGCAGCUGCCUACUCAACAGCAAAUGGGUCAAAUGUUUCCCCAACAGCAGAGCAUGCAGCAAGGCUUUAUAAGCCCAUCUCCUAGCACCCCGUUCUCGCAGGGCAAUGAGCGAAGACACAUCAUGGGUAAUGGACCAUUUGGCCCCCCUGACAUGCCUGUUGGUGGGCCCGAUUUCCGGCCAUUAAACCAGGGAAUUCAAGGAGCUAACUUUGUCCCGGGUCAGCCCAGGCCUCCAGCCUUCAUGCCCGCCAUGUCCCAUGGCACAGGUGAAGGACCUCCCUUUGGUAUGGAACCAGUAACGCCCCUUCCUCCCAGUUACCCAGGCUCGGGCCAGUCCCUCAUACAGCUGUACUCUAAUAUAAUCCCUGAAGAGAAAGGGAAAAAGAAAAGGAACAGAAAGAAGAGGAAGGAGGACGAUGCAGACUCUGUGAAGGCUCCCUCCACGCCCCAUUCAGACCUCACCGCCCCUCUGACUCCGAGCGUCUCGGACACGGCUUCCACGCCCACGAGGAUUGCGGCCUCCGAUUCCUUGGCCUACAACAAGGGUGAGCCGGAGACAGCUGAGUUUUUAGCAGGAUCCUCCACUCCCAGGUCUGGUGUAAGCCAGCUGCCCACUGAGCUGGAGCGACAGCUGCCAGCAAGCAGCAGCAAUGGCAACACCACACACCAGCAGGCUGUGGGCCGGCAGUCCAGUAUCGGCUCAGAAACAAACCAACUAGUGGAGCCAGCCAAGCUGCUGCAUGAGAUCAAGCUGGAACAGAUGGAAGCCACAGAGUGCCGUGGCCCAAGGGAGUCAAAGGUGGAGGCAUCGGAGAUUGUAAAGCUGGAAGGUAAGGAGGGGACUGGCCAUAGCCCUGCCCACAGUGUGAGUGGAACCGGGGGAAAACUGGAGUCAGGAAAUGAGCUGCUGAAACACCUGCUAAAGAACAAAAACACCCCCUCCCUGCUUCCCCAGCAGCGCUCAGAGGAGGAGGAGGAGGAGGAGGGAGCAGCACAGAGCACAUUGCUACAGAAGCAAAACAACACUGAAGGGGCUGUGCCGACUGCAGACAACAAAAUGCAAGGAAACCUGAAACAGCAAGCACCUGGGCUGCAGCGCACAGACCAGGAGCAGGACAAGAAGAAACAACGGAACAAGCGAGCGCCGAAGAGCGGGGAGAAGCCAGCGCCUCGCUCCAAAAAGAGAAAGAAGGAUGAGGACGACAGACAUGUGCUUUAUCCCAACACCGACUCCUUGAUGAGUCAGCUUAAACAGCAACUUUCUCUCUUGCCUCUAAUGGAGCCUCUGAUUGGAGUGAACUUUGCUCAUUUCCCUCCCUAUGGCAGCGGGCGUCUCAGUGGGGAGAACCGGCUCACAGGCACCUUCGGGAGUGCCUCGCUGGAUGGGGUCUCGGACUACUACUCCCAGCUCAUUUACAAGCAGAACAACUUGAGUAACCCUCCAACCCCGCCAGCCUCUCUCCCACCUACUCCACCUCCACUAGCCCGUCACAAAAUAGUUAAUGGCUUUGCUACCGCUGAAGAACUUGCAAGCAAAGCUGCUGUGAUGAGAGGACCCGAAGUCACCAAAGGCCUUGGACCCAGACAAUUCCAGAUGCCAUUCAGACCAGAGGAAGACUUGCUGGCUAGAGCAAUGGCACACGGCCCUAAAACAGUGGACGUGCCUGCCUCCCUGCCCACACCCCCUCACAACAACCACGAGGAGCUCAGAGGGCAGGAUCACUGUGAUGAGCGGGACUCCCCAGACAGCUUCGUCCCCUCCUCCUCCCCGGAGAGUGUUCUGGGAAUGGAGGUGCGCCGCUAUCCUGACCUGUCUCUGGUGAAGCAAGAGCCCCCGGACCUCGCCCCCUCCCCAGUCAUCCCCAUCCUGCCGAGCUGCAGUGGGAAAGGAUCUGAAUUCAGGCUGUGUGAUGUAAAAAUGGAGCCUUCUGGUGUGUUUUUUGGGCCUGAGUUUGGGCAGCCUGCAAACUGUUCACAAUCUGGUCUUGUAUCCAUAGCGAUUACACUGAACCCAGCCGCUGCAGGGAACAUCACCGGGGUUGUAGCAGCUGUGGCCGAUCUCCUGCAUGUGAAACUCCCCAACAGCUAUGAGGCUAGCGCUGCUCCGGACAGGCCACCCGCGACCCUGCUCAACAGCAUGACGGUGCAACACCACCACCGGUUUGAGCACAGGCCUCCGCCGCACUUCACUGGGGCAGGCUCUGGGCAGCCAGGGGUCAUGAGGUUCAUGAGGCCUUCUGGACCUUCUGGAAUGUUCCAGCCUCAAGUCCGCUUCACGCCGAUCAACAGCGGUUCCGUUGUGGUUAAAAGAGACGAGCAGUUUGCGAAAGGAAACCCUGGACCAAAACCACAGUGGUGUUGUCACUGCAAGGUUGUCGUUCUUGGAAAUGGAGUUUGUAAAUCUGCCAAAGAUCUGCCUUUCAAUAAACAGGACUUGCACGAGGGCCCAGGGAGAUCAGAGGGGAACAUGGUCUUCUGCAGCCACAACUGCUUUGUUCUGUAUUCCACAGGCAUGCAGGCCAAAGCCACAGAGACACAGGAAGCAACCUCUGCUCAGCUGGAUUCCACGCCCUCAAAAACCUUUCACCAGUACAGCAACAAUACCUCCACAUUGGACGUCCAUUGUCUGCCACAGUUACAGCCGAAGGAGUCCCCGGCACCAACUCCUCCCAUCACAUUUCCCCCGGCUGCCUCGGAGAUGAUGAAGCUGGAGUCCAAGCCAGACGAGCUGAAGGUCACAGUGAAGUUGAAGCCACGGCCGAGGGCUGUGCAGGUUAGUGUGGAUGAGUCCCGGCCAUUGAGCAAAAGGUGGAAGGGCAUGCGCUGGAGGAAGUGGAGCGUCCAGAUCACGAUCCCCAAGGGCAACUUGAAGCUGCCUUGCGAGGGGGAGAUCACUGAGCUCCUGAAGAGGCUGGGUACCUCGCUCAGGCCAGAGCCCCUGCCCAAGGACCACAGGAAGUGCUGCUUCUGCCAUGAAGAGGGGGAUGGCAUCACUGACGGGCCCGCCAGGCUCCUCAACCUGGACCUGGACCUCUGGGUCCACUUGAACUGUGCCCUGUGGUCCUCGGAAGUGUACGAGACGCAGGCUGGAGCCCUGAUCAACGUGGAGCUGGCACUGCGCCGGGGGCUGUCCAUGAAGUGCCUGUACUGCCAGAAGAUGGGAGCCACCAGCGGCUGCCAGCGGUUACGCUGCACAAACAUCUACCACUUCACCUGUGCCCUCAGGGCCCAGUGCAUGUUCUUCAAAGACAAGACCAUGCUGUGCCACAUGCACCGGCCCCGGGGGGGCGCCCCUGAGCAUGAGCUGAGGUACUUUGCCGUGUUCCGCAGAGUGUACGUGCAGCGGGACGAGGUAAAGCAGAUCGCGAGCAUCGUGCAGCGUGGAGAGCGAGACCACACCUUCCGCGUGGGCAGCCUCAUCUUCCACUCCAUUGGGCAGCUCCUCCCUCAGCAGAUGAACGCCUUCCACAACGCCACUGCCAUCUUUCCCGUGGGCUAUGAGGCCAGCCGGCUGUACUGGAGCAUGCGCUAUAGCAACCGCCGCUGCCGGUACAUGUGCUCCAUCGACGAGCGGGACAGCCAGCCUGAGUUCAUCAUCAGAGUGGUGGAGCAGGGUCACGAAGAUCUGGUCCUGACUGACUGGACUCCCAAAGGAGUGUGGGAUAAAGUCUUGGAGCCUGUGGCUGAACGUCGGAACGAGUCAGGCACUCUGAAACUAUUUCAGGCUUAUCUCAAAGGAGAGGAUCUCUUUGGCCUCACAGUCUCUGCGGUGGUUAGGAUAGCAGAAUCUCUCCCAGGGGUUGAGGCAUGUGGAAGCUAUGUUUUCCGCUAUGGGCGCAAUCCUUUGAUGCAACUGCCUCUGUCCAUCAACCCCACAGGCAGUGCGCGUUCUCAGCCUAAAGCCAGCAACCAUGUCAAGAGGUUUGUGUUAAGGCCUCAUACACUGAACAGCACCAGCACAUCCAAGUCCUUUCAGAGCACUGUCACUGGAGAGCUGAGCGCACCCUACAGCAAGCAGUUUGUCCAUUCCAAGUCCUCUCAGUACCGCAAAAUGAAAACCGAGUGGAAGGGCAAUGUGUAUUUGGCUCGGUCUCGCAUACAGGGGCUGGGAUUGUACGCUGCCAGAGACAUUGAAAAGCACACAAUGGUCAUUGAAUACAUGGGAACAGUCAUCCGCAAUGAGGUGGCACGCAGGAAGGAAAAGCACUAUGAAUCUCAGAAUCGCGGAGUGUUCAUGUUUCGAAUGGACAGCGAACACGUGAUUGAUGCCACUCUGACAGGAGGUCCCGCGAGGUAUAUCAACCAUUCUUGUGCACCGAACUGCGUGGCUGAGGUGGUGACCUUUGAAAAGGGACACAAAAUCAUCAUCAGCUCUAACCAGAGAAUUCAGAGAGGACAGGAGCUUUGUUAUGACUACAAGUUUGAUUUUGAAGAUGACCAGCACAAGAUUCCUUGUCACUGUGGGGCUGUGAACUGCAGAAAGUGGAUGAACUAAGAUUGCAUUCCGUGCCGUUUCCUCAGGCUUGCUUGCUCUUUGGAAGAGGGUCUCGACACUGAAGACAGGGUGGAGUGUGUGUGUGUGUCAGCCUCUGUGUGUGUGUUUUUGUGUGUGUAUGUGUUGUGUGUGUGUGUGUGUGUGUGUGUGUGUGUCUUCUUUUGUUCUCCAGUGUUCUGGACUAACCAGUAGAAAUCAUGUAGACAGAAAGCCUGUCAGGUGGAGGGAUGGGGAAUAUGGUUUAGUGGAAAGAGAAAUAAAAGGCAUAGCGGUAAAGGGUGGGAGAAAAUGAAUGUAGAAACGAAUUCACCAGCUAAUGUGGAGGAGACACAGUGCUGGCCACGGCCUUAUUUGAUAAAAAGGGGCAGGCCCUCUCGUUGAAAUAUAUAUCGAAAUAAUAAAGACGCAGACACCACUGAACAGGGAAUGUACCGAGGUGACUUCCUUAGGGAUACAGCUAAGGGAAAAUUAACUUGCACUAAAACACAUUUAAAUACUUGAUUCCAUGAGUCAGUUUAAUGUUGCUUUUUUGAUUUCUGUAUAAUAAGAGAAACAUUUUUGUAUUUAUUACUGGGUAAGUGAAUGAAGCUAUUUUUAAAAUAUAAAUAAAUAAAAUAGUUGAAAGAAAGUGGAGCUGCUGCCGUUGCCUGCAGAUUUUAACAAACCCUGUUACUUUUGUACAAAGUGUAAAUAUUUUGGAGAAAAUGGUAUAAUUA